AUGAAUGGAAUGGAAGGUAUCAAUUUUUACGUGCCUCUUUCCAAUAAGACAGGGCUGGUGCAGAGCCCCUUUGAAUAUCUCCAGUAUUACCUAGCUGAACCCUGGAAGUACAAAAUGGUGUGCUGCUACAUCUUCUUCCUCAUCUCCACCGGGCUGCCCAUCAAUAGCCUCACCCUUCUUGUGACCUUCAAACAUAAGAAGCUACGGCAGCCGCUCAACUAUGUCCUGGUUAACCUGGCGGUAGCAGAUCUCUUCAUGGCCUGCUUUGGCUUCACGGUCACCUUCUACACAGCCUGGAAUGGCUACUUCAUAUUUGGUCCCAUCGGCUGUGCCAUUGAGGGCUUCUUUGAAACACUGGGAGGUCAGGUUGCUCUCUGGUCGCUAGUUGUUCUUGCCAUAGAGUGCUAUAUUGUGGUCUGUAAACCCAUGGACAACUUCCGCUUCUCUACCACCCAUGCCUUGAUGGGCAUUGUUUUUACUUGGGUUAUGUCCUUAUCCUGUGUGUGUCUACCCCUCUUUGGUUGGUCCAGAUAUAUACCUGAAGGGAUGCAGUGCUGUUGUGGCCCAGACUAUUACACUUUCAACCCUGAUUAUCACAAUGACUCCUACAUUCUCUAUAUGUUUCUCAUCCACUUUGUUAUUCCCGUGGUGGUCAUAUUCUUCUCCUAUGGGCGGCUUAUAUGCAAAGUCCGAGAGGCAGCCGCUCAGCAGCAGGAGUCUGCAAGCACUCAGAAAGCAGAGAAAGAAGUUACCCACAUGGUGAUCCUGAUGGUGCUGGGAUUUCUCCUUGCCUGGACUCCUUAUGCUGUAGCGGCAUUCUGGAUCUUCACCAACAAAGGGGCAGAUUUUUCUGCUAUGCUCAUGUCAGUGCUUGCCUUCUUCUCAAAGAGUUCGUCCCUCUACAAUCCCAUCAUCUAUGUCCUCAGGAACAAACAGUUCCGUAAUUGCAUGAUCUCCACAAUCUGUUGCGGCAAGAACCCCUUUGGGGAUGAAGAUGUCUCAUCGACUGUAUCCCAGAGCAAAACUGAGGUGUCCUCUAUCUCCUCCAGCCAAGUGUCACCUGCAUAA